AAUGUACGCAGGUCAGAAUGGAUAAGAUGCUGUUAUGGAACCUCCUGUUAUUUUUUUCUGGAAGUCAAGCCUCAAAAACGUUGGCUCAGAGAAAUGCCGAAUUUGCAGUAGACCUGUACCAAACCAUUUGCUUAUCUCAGGAGAACAACAUUGUAUUUUCUCCCCUCGCAACGACUUUGGCUCUUGAGGUGGUGCAACUGGGGGCAAAAGGAAAAGCACAACAGCAGAUAAGACGAGCUUUGAAGCUUCAGGACGCAGCACCUGGAGAAGAGUUUUCUGUGCUGAAGUCGUUUUUCUCUGCCAUCUCAGAGAAAAAACAAGAAUUUACAUUUAAUCUUGCCAAUGCCCUCUACCUUCAAGAAGGAUUCGCUGUGAAAGAACGGUAUCUCCAUGGUAACCAGGAGCUUUUUCAGACUAUUGUAAAACUGGUGGAUUUUCAGGAUGCAAAGGCUUGUGCAGAAACAAUAAAUACCUGGAUAGAAAGCAAAACAGAUGGAAAAAUUAGAAGCAUGUUUUCUGAGGAAGAAUUCGGGCCUCUGACCCGACUUGUCCUAGUGAAUGCUGUGUACUUCAAAGGCGACUGGAAACAGAAAUUCAGAAAGGGAGGCUCUCAACUGAUGAAUUUUGUUAUGAGAGACGGUUCCACAGUGAAAACUCCAAUGAUGGAGGCUCGCCUGAGAACAAAAUACGGUUAUUUUUCUGAAUCCCCCAUGAACUUCCAGAUUUUAGAACUGCCUUAUAAGGGCGACGACUUCAGUUUAAUCCUCAUACUUCCUGCAGAAGGUGUGAACAUAGAAGAACUGGAAAAGCUGCUGACUGGGCAUCACAUGCUGAAGUGGUUCUCUGAGCUGAAGGAAGAGGAAGUGGAAAUAGUUCUCCCCAGAUUGAAUGUAGAACAAAAAUUAGACUUCAAGGAAGUUUUGAAUUCUUUGAACAUAACUGAGAUAUUUACUGGUGGCAGCAACCUUUCUGGAAUAACAGGUAGUAGUCCAGACUCUCAUAGAGUCCAGAUCCAGCAGCAGAUUCCUUCAGACCAACAAGGAGCUGGAGACGGGGCUUUCGUGCUAACUCACACCUGGGGAACUGUACACGUCAGACUCUCCCCUGUACGACAAGGCAAAGCAGUUUUUCAAUCCUUCUAG